GUUCCUCAGCUCAAACCAGUCUGCUUAUUAAUGAGUUAAGACUAACUUGCUGUAGGACAGCAACUCACUGGAGACAUUGGAUUAUAGGAAACAUCAUAAGGCAAAACAUCAUUAACAGGUGCUGAAUUCUCCUGACUGACUGUAGGCUGAAGAAGCUGUAUUUAUGGCUCAAUAUGACCAACUCGAGGAUAAAGAUUCUCUGGAUAUUCAUGAUAAUCCUCCUGCUCCAGACAAUGUUGUAAAGGAGGACGACAACACUGUUUAUUUUGUGUAUGAUGAAGAGGUUGAGGAAGAAGAGGCCCCUCCUCCUCCAACCCCUGAGCCUGUAAUUCAGAUCAAUGACAGGCCACACAAAUUUAAGGACCACUACUGCAAGAAACCCAAGUUUUGUGACGUCUGUGCACGAAUGAUUGUCCUCAAUAAUAAAUUUGCCUUGCGCUGUAAAAACUGCAAGACCAACAUUCACCACUCGUGCCAAUCAUAUGUGCAGUUCCAGAGAUGCUUUGGCAAAAUACCUCCUGGAUUUAGACGGGCAUACAGCUCUCCUCUCUAUGAUCAAGAAAUCAAUAACCCUGGUCAGCAGAACCGCAGUGACCCAGUGUUUGAAACACUGAGAGUGGGUGUGAUCAUGGCCAAUAAAGAGAGGAAGAAAGGCUCCGAGGACAAAAAGAACUUGUUGAUGAUGAUGAUGGAGGAGGAGGAAGCUCAACAACCGAAGGAGGUUGAAGAGGCUGGUGAAGGAAAGCAAGAUGGAGACAAGAAAGACAAAACUGCAGCAGAUGACAAGAACAAGAAGCAGCAGCAGACAUUCAGUCAGUCUCACUAUUAUAUGGCUUUGUAUCGCUUUAAAGCCAUCGAGAAAGAUGACCUGGACUUCCAUCCAGGAGAUCGCAUCACAGUGCUGGAUGACUCCAAUGAGGAGUGGUGGAGGGGUAAGAUUGGGGAGAAGACAGGAUACUUGCCCAUGAAUUACAUCAUCAGGGUGCGAGCCGGUGAGAGGGUGUAUAAAGUGACACGCUCCUUUGUUGGAAACAGAGAGAUGGGCCAGAUUACCCUGAAGAAAGAUCAGAUUGUGGUGAAGAAAGGAGAGGAGGUGAAUGGAUAUCUGAAGGUCAGCACUGGCCGCAAACUGGGCUUCUUCCCUGCCGACCUGCUACAUGAGCUCUGAACGAAGAUUUAAUCCUGAAGAAAACAAGUAAAGCAGAAGAAUGGACGGAGAAAGAGGAACAAAUAGACAAGACAUGACAAGAAAGACAACAUUAUCUGACCUCACUGUCACUUUGGCAGAAAUACGAAUGUGUGUGCUUGUACACAGGGUCUAAAGUUAAUACUCACCAAGCACUAUUUAUGAAUAC